AUGAACCUGAAGCAGCAGUUGAGCUGCUCAACUAAGUCCCGUGAAUGGUUACGAGAAGAAGCCCGUGAGUCUGUUUUUGUUACCAGUGUCAGCUGUUGGCCAAGAUUAACAUUGCAGUGGCACCUUAUCAAAUCACCUUUCUUCCAUGCAAAGGACACUGCUGUCUCCAAAGGCUGCUCCCCUACCCCAACUGAUCUUACAUUUGAUGUCCUGCCGGCCCUGGAUGGACUGCGUCUCACAGUCUUUGACCCCGAGGUAGUACAAGCUGAGGCGGGAACCUGUAUCACAGAAUGCGAGACGAGGUUGGCUUGCUCGGCUAUCCUCGGCGUUACUCAUGCUCCACACGCACCCUCGACUUUGAGUGUUUGUACUACAGUCUCGCUAGCCGAUGUAUUAUGGUACAGGAUCCAACAAAUCAACAUGUGUAGCUUCGUUGGCCAACCUACAGUGACCAUGCCUAGGAAUUUGUCUUUGCAGCCUUCCAUUUCCCGGCAGCCGAUUGUCUUGUUGGUUAAGCACGAUCGCCAGCAGCGCACAGCGGACAGCAGUUCCGAUGCCACUAAUGCAAUGCAGGCAGACACUUGCGAACCACAGAUCUUGCUUUCAAUCGGUAAAACCAGGUCCAUGGGUGCUACAACACCUACAGGCCGAUCGUCUGGAUCUCUCACCGGCUUCUCAAUCAAGAAUAGUCAAGUUUCUCAAGCCUGCAUGCCCGUCCUUUCAGCUUCACAGCACAGCCCAACAAAUAAGUCUUAA